AUGUCAACUACCGAACUAGUUUACGAUGAGCCAAUUAAGAAGAAAAGAGAAAAUAUAAAAAACCUCUCUUUCAUGGAAGAAAAAUAUUUAGAUCAACCUCAUAUCCGAGUGGCAAUUCAUAAAAAUAGUAAAGAGCCAGUUCUGAAAAAUUGGGUAGCCCAUCCCGAGAACCGAACCAUCAGCAAACUAUUAAAAAUAGGAGAACAAUUCCAUUUUUCGCAAAUCUCCUAUGUUAGAACUUCCAAAGGAUGCCAUUAUUAUUUGCUUCUUAAAAAGUUGCCAAAAGAUGUCCCUUUAUUCUAUCAGGGAGAAAAAAUUGGGAGAGUAAUGUCCUCUGGAAAGCAAGUUGUUGGUAGUGGCUCUAUUCAUUCAAGUGGAAUUAUUUAUCAGUUAGUGGAAAGAGCAGUUAAAGGAGAAAAAUGGACCUUUAACUUUGAACGACAAUUAAUUAACAAUUUAAAAAAUAAGAAAAAUCCUUAUCUAGCUCCUGAAUAUAUUGAUAUCAUUACCUUACAUACUAAUCCUGCUGAUUUGGUCCUUGAUCCUUUCAUGGGUUCAGGAACUACUGCUGUGGCCUGCCGAGAAUUAGUUCAAUCUUCAAAGUUCAAUCUUCAAGAAGCCAGAGAAACUGAAGUGUAUAUUGAGGAAUUAAAGAAAGAAAUGAUUUCCAGUAAAGUAACUAAUGAUAACGAAAUACGUAUAAGAAUCCAACUUUUGAGCUCUGUGAAAAUAACAGCAAUUUUUGAUUUUUAUGGUAGUACAAAGUAG